UUGCAAUUGUCUGCCGGAUGGGAAAAUGUCAGUUUUUGUUUUCAGGUCCAGGAUGGAGAACAAUAAAGUACCUUCAAAUGAGCGCGCCAGUCCAAGCGUCGUGUCACCCACAAGGUGGCUGUGAAAUCUUGACACUUCAGUCCGAGAAAGUCACUCGUCCGCAACUUUCAUCACCUGUCAAACAUUUGCUGCACAACAAAUUGAGGACAUGACUCAAAAAAAGAUCAAGGGAGAUACACCGGAAGUUCCCCGACGGGAAGAAAUGUCGACCAUCCAAGUUAAAAACACCGCAUUGCGUCUGAAUGGUCAAAACCUUCGCCUGGCGGCUAAAUAUGUCUCCCAUUCAAAAACACCUGACUGCCAUUUGUCCACGACACAUGGGGAAGAGGCAGCGGAACAGGUUACAGCACCCUCGGCGCUGUUGGACUCUGUGCCUCUGAAAUUGCCCUUACCUGAGCACCUGAGCAAGGUCAGGGGAGGACCAACAAUACGGCCGCUGAAGUUCGCGCCACUGUCUGAUCAAGUAGUGAAGAGCCGGAGGCAAAAACUGCAAAGUUUCCAGCGAGAAGCUCAAGGGGCCUUUUCUCAUCCCCCGCAAAUGAGACCUUCAAGGCCUCAGCUGACGAGAUUGGAGGCCAUGGAGGCGAGCAGGAGCGGCAACCUUGAGGAGGUUCAGUGCCGAGGUACCCGAGCUCAUUUGAGCAGCAAACCGGUGCCUCCUGCUAACUCGCGGUGCUCACUUCGCGGCAAGGCCCAGCAGCGGGACGGCGGGAGCGGAAAGCGCCUUAGGCUGAGGAGAGAGCAGCACCUGGAUGAGGAUCAGGCCGAUGCAGUGGAGGAGGGCAAGCUGGAGGUUCGAGGGGCCAGAUGCAUUCUGGGCAUUGCACAGAAAGGCCUACUGGAUAUACGAAAUUGUCAUGAAGUGCCACCAUGAUGAUUUCAUUCAAGGACAGGAUCAUGGCAUAUCUCCAUGUGGGAAGAACGGCCAAUCGAAUAAAAAUAUUGCCACCAUCUCAAACUCAACCUGGAGUACAACAACUGGAUGUAAAACACAAGAAAUUUAAGAGAUGAAAUGAGGAACAUGUUACUUGUUACUAGCGAUUUACGCAGGAUAGGGACUGAGGCCUACAGAUGUCAGGCCACAAAAGCCAUUUUUCCCUAUUAGAUGAGGUUAUGGCCUGACUAAAUUAAGCUCUUCACCUCACUUCAACAUCCAACACCCUCACAAAACGACAAAAAAAAAAAAAAAAUAGUGCCCAUCCAUGUUUGUAUCGAGAACCUCCAGGCUGGAAGCUUGGUGGAAAAAAAAUCAGCAAUUUUUCCCAUGUUGAACGUAAGAUAUCAGAGAAGAUGUGGGAGGAUGAAAGCUGGCUGGUCAGUCGCAUGCCAGAUGGUCUUCUCUCAUCCGCCGGUCCAUCUUGUGAACCUCUUUAGCCCUCUCAACGCCGGCACCAGACGCUCCUCCAGACGGACAGCAUCGCUCAUAACAUGCAUCUGCCCGGAAUUAUCAUCAACCCUUCUUCUUCACGCUGAGCCAAUCUAUACAUAGCCUGCCAUUGGCCGCUCUCACUUUCCUUGGCUACAAAGGUGCUGGAAAUAGACCUGCAUGGAAUGGCUCUGUUAUUUGUUGUCUGUCACAUUCAAAUGUUGAUCUUAUGCGCUUUGGAGCAUUUUAGUGCCACAUCAGCGCCACUAGAGAUUUAUUUCCCAAGAUUGUGGCGGAUGUCUUUUCAAAAAGUACCAUAAAGCUGUCAGUGAUGCAGAAAAUUACAGGAAGUAUGUGUGACAGUUUGACCACACAUUGACAUCAGAGUACUUUCUGCAGCUUGGAUAUUUCCAAACUAGAAUGGCAGUCCCUUGAGCGCAGGCCUCUGCCAAGGCUAAACAAUCCUUCUUUCUGAAUGUGUCUGACUUUUACAGUUGAUGUUCAUGUGUGAUUCGGUGAGAAAUGAAGUUGAAAAAAAAUCUGAAUCUGAAUUAUUUUUAUUGGACUAAUAAUUCAAAAUAUGCAAAUUUUGGUUUCUUUUGAGUUUGACAUACAAACGGCAGUUGUGGUCAUAAUCGAGAAUUUCCUCCGGGUUUGAAUCUUGGCUCAGGUCCUCCUGUGUGAAGUUCUACUCAUGCUUGUGUGGGUUUUGGCCAAGGUACUGUACUACUGUAAUUAUUCAUUUGUGUAAAAGUGAGUGUGAAUGGUUGUUUGUCUGUACAGUGUGUGCUCUGCAAUUGGCUGGCAACCAAUUCAGGGUGUAUCUGCAUUGAGUAAAUCUUGGUCCAUUCACACAUGGCACAAAAUGUCAACCUUGGAGGGAAAACGUCAUGUUCCAUGUAUGACUUUGAUGUACUUUGAAUGCAUUUUGCAAAAUAUAUUCAAAUGAAAGUCAGCAUGGUCAAAUGUGGAUAGCACAUCAAAGAUCUUGGGUUGAAAUCUCAAAUUGGGCUUUUCUGUGUGGAGUUUCUAUAUUCUCUCCCUUGCUUCCUCUCACUUUGA